AACACUUUGCCACACAUUUUUGUCUCUCUCUCUCUCCACUUCGUUACUCUCAACGAACGGUUCGAAUCUCUUCAACGCCGGAGGCAACUCAGGCGGAGUAGUUUCCGAUGAGGCUGAUAGUACCUCUACGUGGCGUAAUCCAAGGCCGUGGCGGUCUCUUCGUCGGCUCUCUCAUCCCUUGUUGUCUCUUUUACUUUCUCCAGCUUUACCUGAAAGGACGCCGUCCUCCUCCCUCAGACCCGACGGAGUUACCGAGAACGUCGUCACGGUCUAAUCUCUUCUCCCGCGGAAACUCAAUCGGACGAGUUAGAGUCUCCUCUCGUGCUGUUCCUGUGGCGAAACCUCCCGAUUCGCCUUACUAUAUUGGAUUGGAGAGAGUCAAAACGGAUCCGUACGAUCGGAUUACGAAUACAGAUGGGAUUAUUCAGCUUGGAUUGGCUGAGAGUACGCUGUGCUUUGACUUGCUUCAGAGAUGGAUGUCUGAGAAUUUGAUGGAGUCGAUAAUGCAAUCUGGUGAUGGUGAAUUCGAUAUUAGUAGUAUCGCUAUGUAUAAACCUUUUGAAGGAUUGCUGGAACUCAGAGUGGCUUUUGCUGAUUUCAUGUCACGGAUAAUGGGAGGUAAGGUGUCAUUUGACCCUUCUAAGAUGGUUAUAACAGCUGGUGGGACUCCUGCUAUCNCUGAAUGCUUCCAUAAAGGUCAAGUUCGGACGAAGUUUUGGAUCAUUAUCAGGGGUUUGAUUGUUAUUUUCAAAACUCUUGGGAUCUUUCAAUAA